AUGGGGUCUCUCGUCCAGGCACGCGAUGAGGUUGCUGCUCGUUCGGGCUGCCCUUGCGCCUGCUCGUCUUGCGACGACGAGCCUGGAGUUCCCUCCGUUCCCAGCACGGGCACUCCUGAGCCCGAGACCCCCUCCGGCCCUCCUCCCGUCGCCGUUCCUGGUGUGCCUGGUGGCCCCAGUGGCCCUGGUGCUCCUGUCCCUGAAGAGCCUUCGGUUCCCGCUCCUGGCGGCCCUGGUGCUCCUACUGUCCCCGAGAAGCCUUCGGUUCCUGCCCCUGGUGCCCCUGGUGCUCCUACUGUUCCUGAGGAGUCUUCAGUUCCCGCUCCUAGUGGUUCUGGCGGCCCUGGUGCCCCUACUACCCCUGAGGUUCCUGCUACAACCGGAGUUCCAACUCCCCCUGCUGUGCCCAGCCCUCCUGUCGACACUCCCACCACUCCGGAGCAGCCGCCUCACCAGGGAGGCGAUGAUGAGGGCGACAACGACGACGAUGAGGAUGACGACGAUGAGGAUGACGACGAUGAGGAUGACGACGAUGAGGAUGAUGACGAUGAGGAUGAUGACGAUCAUGAAGGCGGCUGUGCUACCUGCGGCAAUAAGCCCGAACCCUGCGACGAGGAAGGCUGCCAUGGCACUGGUCAUCUCAUCCAGGACCUCGGCCCUCAGGCCAACAACCUCCUUACCGUUAUUGGUCUCGACUCACAGAAGCUCCUCGUCAGCCUUAGCCCUGCUGUGACGCAUCUGCUUGAGGGCCUUGGUCUCAUCGGCCUGGGAAAGCCUGUCGGCGAGGUCAUCAAGGAAGCGGCCACCGUUGGCGAGCUCAUCGCCGACCUGGGCGACCCGAUCGAAUGCCUCCUCACCGUUGUCGGCCAAGAUACUGGAUACCUCCUCAUCCGCCUGGACCCUGGCCUUGCGGGCCUCCUCAAGGGGUUGGGUCUGCCCUCGAUUGCCAACCCCGUCGGUAACCUCAUCGGCGCUGUCGGCAAGAGCCUGAAGCGCCAGGACGGCCUCCUUGAGGAUAUUGCCCCCGUCGUCGACUGCAUCCUGCGCAUUGUGGGCGACGAUCUGCAAAUUCUGCUUGUCCGCCUCAGCGGUCCCGUUGCCGAGCUCGUCGCCGGUCUUGGUCUGACCACCCUGGCUGAGCCUGUCGGAGAGGUCAUCCGUUCCGCUGCCACCGUCGGCGAGCUCGUCCACGAUCUGGGCCCCGUCGUCGGCUGCCUUCUCACCGUCGUUGGUGAGGACGGUGAGCUGCUCCUCGUUCGCCUGGCGCCUGCCGUGGCGGACCUCGUCUCCGGUCUGGGUCUGCCCGCGCUGGGUGUUCCCGUCGGUGAGUCCCCUCAAGACCUCAAGGUCGCCAUUCUUGGCGCCGGCAUGGGUGGUCUGACCACCGCUCUGGCACUGGCGCAAAAGGGCUUCAAAGAUAUUCACGUCUAUGAGCAUGCCCCCGACCUGGGGUUUGUCGGGGCAGGCAUCCAAUUGGCUCCCAACAUGGCACGCGUGCUAGACGGCUUAGGGGUAUGGAAAGCCAUUGAGAAAGAAGCCGUUAAUAUCGAGGACACAAGCGUACGGGUCGGUGCCUCCAAUGCCGAGCUGGCCUACGUGCCACUGCAUUACAUUGAAGAAACCUACGGAUACAAGCAUAUGGUGGGUCACCGCGCGUCAUUGGCAAACGGCCUGUACCAGGGCUGUCUGUGCCACCCGGACCAGAUCCAUUUUCACUUCGCGACGACCGCCGAGCAGAUCGAGUCGUUUGGCCUGCGCCCGACUUUCACGGCGGUGCCGCGCGACACGACCCAGCCAUCCUAUCGGAUGGAAGUCGACAUCUUAUUAGGAGCGGACGGUAUCAAGAGUAACACGCGGGUGGCGAUGCUUCAGGAGCUAGGCAUCGAGGUCGGCAUCCAAGACACGCACCAGGCAGCAUACCGGAUUCUCAUCCACCGUGAUCAAGCACAGCACGACCCGGAGCUCCUCGAGCUCAUCAACAGCAACCGGGUCACGCGGUGGAUCGGCGAAAAGCGGCACAUCAUCGCAUACCCAGUCUCCAACAACACGAUCUACAACAUAUCGACCGCGCAGCCCGACACGCACUUCGCAGCCGCCACCAACGCAACAUACACCACGCGCGGGUCGAAGUCCACCAUGCUCUCCGUUUUCGGCGACUUCUGCCCGCUCGUGCAGCGCAUGCUCAACUACGUCCCCGAGGGCGAAGUCUGCGAGUGGAAGCUGCGCGUCCACGACCCCCUCCCGACCUGGGUGCACGGCUGCGUUGCUCUCCUCGGCGACGCCUGCCACCCCACCCUGCCGCACAUGAACCAGGGCGCUGCCCAGGCCAUUGAGGACGGCGCCGUCCUGGCUGAAGCCCUGUCGCGCAUCCCAGACUGCACUCCGGCCUCCGUGAACCGUGCCCUGAAAGUGUACGAGAAGGUGCGCAAAGACCGUGCCUAUGCGCUGGUCGCCUUGGCGGCGGAGUCUGGCCGCGCUUUGCACCUCGGUGAUGGGGCUGCUAAGAAGCAGCGCGAUCAGCAGUUUGCGGCCUUGCGACAGGGGAAGGGGCCGGUGCCGGAUAAGUGGGCUGAUGCGGACGUGCAGAGGGGGAUUUAUGGGUUUGAUUGUGUGCGGGUGACGCAGGAGAAGUUUGAUGAGUACUUUGCGUAG